CUACCUAUGUCGUUUAUUUUCCAGUCCGAAAUUUUUGCUGUUUCAUUUGCACUGCUUGGAAUCGGUGCAAUCGUUCUUACAUUGAACGUCCUCCUCCUGGGAGGGAAAAUAAUCUUCUUCCAAAGCCUCAGCCUUCUGGGCUACUGCCUGUUUCCUCUGGACAUAGGAGCCCUGAUUUGCCUGUUCAAAGGCCAUUUCAUAGCAAGGAUGAUUGUCGUGUUUGUUACCAUGUUCUGGAGCUCUUGGGCUGCCUAUCCAUUCAUCAGUUCUGCUGUCACCCAGAAGAGAAAGGCACUCGCCCUUUACCCUCUCCUCCUCAUGUAUGUUUCUGUCGCUUUUCUGAUCAUCGCCACCAGCUAAUCUGUACAAAGAUUGAUUCAACCAACACAGCAUGUACACUAGCAGCAUGCCAGCAUGUAUACUAGCAGCAUGCCAGCAUGUAUACUAGCAGCAUGUGUACUUCUCGUAGAUUAUCCUUGUUUUGUAUAUUAAUUUGAAAGAAAAACACUGAUGAACCAUAA